GGUGUGUUUUAUCUCCAGCUGCUGCAGACCUGCUGAAGAUCACCACGGAGGAGGAUCCAAUACAAUCAGUAGAUUCAGGUGUUUUUCUACUGUAUGCUGCUGAUUUAAUCAGUCGCCAUGAAUCUCUGAAGCUCCUAGAAAUAAAACCAUCAUGGGUUGCCCUGUUGUAGUUGUCGCCGCUGCUGUAUCAACUCUCGGCGGUCUCGUGUUCGGCUACGAACUCGGAAUCAUCUCCGGCGCUCUGCUGCAGCUCCAGGUCCAGUUCCAGCUGAGAUGUGUCCAGCAGGAGGCCGUGGUCAGCUCCCUCCUCAUUGGAGCCAUUCUGGCUUCUGUUAUCGGCGGCUGGCUGAUCGACCGUCACGGCAGGAGGACGUCCAUCUUGCUCAGCAAUCUUCUGAUCAUUGUCGGAAGCCUGAUCCUGUGUGUUAGCAUCUCGUUUCUGAUGCUAAUCUUUGGCCGUGUCAUGGUGGGCUUCGCCAUGUGCGUAUCUUCAAUGUCCUGCUGCAUUUUCAUCUCCGAGAUGGUUUCGCCCGAACGCAGAGGUCUGAUGGUCACUCUGUAUGAAGUUGGUGUGACGGUCGGGAUUUUACUUGCAUACGCCAUCAACUACGUCUUAUCUGGAGCUCAGGAAGGAUGGAGGUACAUGUUCGGGUUGGCAGUUGCGCCAUCGCUUGCGCAGUUGGUUUGUAUUUGGGUUCUGCCAUCUCAGCACACGCCGAUCAUACAGCUCCUGAACGAGAGCGGUGAAAACGGAGCCCGAACACACAAGAAGGCGUACACAAUCGUAGAUCUGUUUCAGCACCGUGAUAACAUGCGCACCAGGACUGCCAUCGGUCUUGGGCUGGUCGUGUUCCAGCAGUUCACGGGUCAGCCCAACGUUCUCUUCUACGCCUCCACCGUCUUUCAGUCUGUGGGGUUUGAGAGCGACGCAUCUGCCGUGUUGGCGUCGCUCGGCCUCGGGAUCGUUAAAGUUAUCACAACAUUAGCAGCGAUGUUCUGCGCGGAUAAAGUCGGAAGGAGGCCGCUUCUGAUUGGCGGAUGCUCCGUCAUGGCCGUCGGUUUGAUGAUUAUUGGAUUCCUGAGCAGACAUUCAGAGUUUGAUAUGGUGAGACACUGCGGCUCUCGUUUAAACGACACCGUGUUACCUGAGAUUGGAAAUAACGCCACCACACUUCCUCAUGAUGCAGGAAACUUUAAUUGGAUUAUUUUGUUCUGCAUGAUGGCUGUUGUCGCCGCCUUCUCCAUGAGCUUUGGUCCAAUGACGUGGGUCGUGUUGAGUGAAAUUUUCCCAGCAGAUGUGCGAGGACGAGCAUUUGCCUUCAGCAGCUGCUUUAACUGGGCAGCCAACCUGAUCGUCACCUUCUCCUUCCUCAAUGUCAUAGAUGUGAUGGGUCUUUCCGGAACGUUCUUCGCGUACGGCGUGAUCGCAGUAGCAGCCGUCGUUUUUAUUUAUGUCCUUCUACCAGAGACUAAAGGAAAAGCACUGCAGGACAUCGACAAGGAGCUGUGUGAAAGACGGUUUCCUCACAGAGAAGAAUUCUGCAGUGUUCUCCAGAGAAGACGUUUUUCACCCGGAUAUCAGAGAGUCUCCUGGACGAGUUCUUCGAUAUAACGUUCACCAUCAGGCCACCAGAAAAAACCCAAAGUUUUAUUUUAAUGUAAUAAACUAGCUGUGAUGACAGCGAGGUGAUCAUCAUGUGGAACGAGGUGGCAGAUAACCUGACAUUUUUAUCGAAAGUUCGUAACGCAGAAUUAUUUGUCUCGAGCUGUUCACCAGCUGUUUACAUUUUUUCCUGUCCUUUCCCCCAGUUAAAUUAUACAUUUUUAAAAAAUGUUAAA